UAUAAUAGUAAUACACAUACAUGGCUUAAGUCAGAUUUCCUAUGUUCAUAAAAUUCAUUUUUUAUGGCAUUUCCAGCCUAGCCCUAGCCUACUCUAAAAAAGGAGAAAAAAAGGUUUAAAAUCAUCCAAAUAUUGUGAUAGUUACGAACAGUGGAUGUCAGUGUGAUUGAGUGGAGAUGUAGUGGGAAAAAAGAAUGGGCAGAGAAGAAGAAAAACAAGGGCUUCUUCAAUCACCACUACUAGUAGUAGAAAAUGAUGAGGUGUUUGAAUGCAGCAGAAAGGUGCAGGAUGGAUUGAGUAGUUUGAACAAAGAUGAGAUUUUGGAGGAAGUUAAGAAGCAGUUAUCAUUAGCAGGGCCCCUAGUGUGUGUAAAUCUACUGUUAUAUUGCUUACAAGUGAUCUCUGUCAUGUUUGUGGGUCAUCUUGGAGACUUGCCUCUUUCUGGUGCUUCCAUGGCCACUUCCUUUGCUUCCGUCACUGGUUUCAGCUUGUUGAUAGGAAUGGGAAGUGCAUUAGAUACUUUCUGUGGCCAGUCAUAUGGAGCAAAACAGUACCAUAUGCUUGGCAUUCACAUGCAGAGGGCCAUGUUUGUUCUUGUACUAGUCAGCAUUCCUCUUGCAUUUAUUUGGGGCAAUGCAGGACAUAUUCUUGUAUUGUUGGGACAAGAUCCGGAAAUAUCAGCUGAAGCCGGAGUUUAUGCUCGUUUCAUGAUACCUAGCAUUUUUGCCUUCGCCCUCCUGCAAUGUCAUGUUCGAUUCCUACAAUCCCAAAAUAAUGUGUUCCCAAUGAUGCUAAGCUCAGGAAUCACAACACUACUCCACAUACUCAUUUGUUGGAUUAUGGUGUUUAAAUCUGGCCUUGGAAAUCGAGGUGCUGCUUUGGCUAAUGCUAUAUCUUAUUGGAUCAAUGUGCUAUUACUGGCUCUUUAUGUCUGCUUUUCUCCUUCCUGCAACAAAACUUGGACCGGUUUCUCCAACAAGGCCUUGCAUGAUAUUCCAAAGUUUGUAAGACUUGCAAUUCCUUCAGCUGUUAUGGUCUGCUUGGAGAACUGGUCAUUUGAAAUGAUGGUUCUCUUAUCUGGUCUCCUUCCUAAUCCAAAGCUUGAAACAUCGGUUCUGUCCAUCAGCCUUAAUACAUGUGCUAUGGCUUUCAUGAUACCCCUUGGACUCGGUGGUGCAGUAAGCAUAAGAGUUUCAAAUGAAUUGGGUGCGGGGCGACCUCAAGCAGCUCGAUUGGCAGUGGGUGUUGCAAUAUUAAUGGUUGCUACAGAAAGCAUUUUAGUAGCUGGUAUAAUGAUAUUGGGGCGUAAAAUGUGGGGGUAUUGUUACAGUAAGGAAGAAAAGGUAGUGAAAUAUGUUGCACAGAUGUUGCUGUUGGUUGCAGCAUCCCACGUGUUGGAUGGCAUUCAAGCGGUGCUUUCAGGAACUGCUAGAGGAUGUGGUAGGCAAAAGAUUGGAGCUAUUGUUAAUUUGGGAGCUUAUUAUCUGAUUGGUAUUCCUUCUGCUAUAUUAUUAGCUUUUGUCUAUCAUUUUGGAGGCAAGGGGCUAUGGACGGGAAUAAUUGUGGCAUUAUUUGUGCAAGCAUUGUCUCUUUUCAUUGUAACUAUAUGCACCAAUUGGGAGAAAGAGGCAAACAAGGCUAUUGAUAGAGUGAGCAUUGAAGAAGCAUCAGAACAAAAUUGAAUUGAAAGAAGAGUAGGUCUAGCUUGUAGAAGAUAGUACUUGCUAUCACCUGUUGUUCCAUUAAUAAGUUCCAAUAUGUGAUCACCUACUUUGCCCUACAGUUAAAAUUUUGAUUUACUUCAUUGAACAAUUAUAGUAUUACUAAACUACUCUCCCUCUAAAUAGUUAAUGAUUUCAAAGAAUUAUUGAGUAACGUACAACAAAAAUUUGUUAUUUCAACA